UUUAGUUCCAAAAAAAGAAAUAUUGAAUGGCCCAACAUAAGAGCCCAUUCUCUUCCAAUGAAAUAUGAUGCCACAUUUGUGAUGGCCUGUUUGACAUAGAGAUCAAUAGACCCGUCCUCCUCCGCCAGAAAUCUCCGACAGAUCGAAUCUCCUAUCACCGCCGGUGUCCGCCACCAUGUUCAGACACGCUAGUCGAUUACUCGCUCGAACCACAACAAUGAGGUGGAGCCGACCCUUCUCUACCGAUCUGCAAUCGGAGGCGAAAGUGGACUCUACUCUCGUGGAUGCCUGGAAAAAACUAAUCCCGAAUGUUGACCCACCCCACACUCCAUCCGCGUACAUGAAACCGCGCCCCGCUACGCCAUCUUCCAUCCCCUCCAAGCUCACAGUCAAUUUCGUCCUUCCGUACUCAUCUGAACUCGCCUGCAAAGAGGUUGAUAUGGUCAUCAUCCCUGCAAGCACUGGGCAGAUGGGUGUUUUGCCUGGCCAUGUGGCCACAAUUGCUGAGCUUAAGCCAGGAGUCAUGUCAGUUCAUGAGGGCAGCGAUGUGACCAAAUACUUUGUGGGUGGUGGUUUUGCUUUCAUUCACUCGAAUUCUUUUGCAGACAUAAUUGCCAUUGAAGCUGUCCCACUUGACCGAGUUGACCCAAACCUGGUGCAAAAGGGACUCGCUGAAUUCACUCAGAAGCUGAACUCGGCAUCAACAGAUAUCGAGAAAGCCGAAGCCCAGAUUGGGGUGGAUGUACACAGUGCUCUUAAUGGUGCCCUUACUGGCUGAAAGAAAGUUUUAAUUCUGGUUCUCUUUUUUAUCGCUUCUUCUUGUUCCCAUCUUGUUUAGUGGACUCAUUUUCAUAGGAUGGUCUGCGCUGGAUGGAUUUUCUUGUGUACAACCUUGCAUGACAUUUCUGCAGUCAUGUUGCUUCACUUGAAUAAACUUAUGUGAUAGCUAUGUUUGAAUCAUUAAAUACUAUCAUGUGAUAGCUAUGUUUGAAUCAUUAAAUACUAUCAGUUCUAUUCCUUUACUGCCGUAAUGGCAAAUUGUAGUUGAACCUAUUGAAUGUUUUGAAAGGAAAAAAACACCUGGUAACGUUCUUGCAGCCAAAUAACUCA